CAUUUCGUAACUAACUGCCAAAUCGCCCUCAAGUGCUUUAAAAGUUGGAUAAAUUCUUAGUGGUUGAUGAGAAUCCAGUUCUGUUCUAUCCGGUUUCAAGAACUGUACUGCAUCUUCUCUCCAAAUUUCUGUAGAACUGCAUUUUUCGCAUUCACACGUUUGAUUGUUGCAUAACUAGUUAAAUAAUCUGUUAUCACUGCCCAACAAUUUCACCAAAAUUGAUCUGUACCUCUGUUUGUGACCUAAUUUUUAAGAGGUGAUAUCCCAGAACAAGAUCAAAUUUUAUACCAAUUUGCAAGCCCAGUUUUAUGAAAUGGAAUCAGACGAAUCUAGAAAUGGUAACCGAUUGGCUGACCAAUCUGCCCCAAGUCCAAGCAAGGAAAUCAACAAUCAAGAAAGGGGAAAGAGGGUCAGAACUAUCAGUGCAAGCAUGAUACCCGGAGUUACAGAUGCUUCACCCCCUAGAUUCGUUUCUUUGGAAGAAAUAAUGAAGGCAGCAAAUGGAAUGACAAACAUGGCAUUAGCACACGAAAUCGCAGUUGAUAAAAACUUCAUGCUGAAAAAACUGGAGCCAUCAGAAAAUAGCAUUGAGAGAAAAGUGAAGGAAACAAUGCAUAGAGCAUUCUGGGAUUUAUUGUCACAAGAAUUGAAUGCUGAUCCCCCAGUCUACACCCAGGCCCUAGCUCUACUACAAGAAAUUAAGGAUACACUCAGUUCUCUACUUUUGCCGCAGCACACAAAGCUAAAAAAAGAGAUUGAAGAGGUUUUGGACAUGGAACUUAUCAGACAGCAAAUCGACAAUGAAACGCUGGAUUUCCCGUACUAUGCUCAAUAUAUCACUUCUGUAAUGGGGAAGCUCUGCGCGCCAGUUCGAGAUGACAAGAUCAGGGAGCUGACUCAAACGAAAGAAGUUGUCCAAGUUUACAAAGGAAUCCUUGAGACUUUGGAGCUGAUGAAACUGGAUAUGGCCAAUUUUACAAUCGAAAUGUUCAAACCCCACAUUCAAGCGUCCAGUGUUGAGUAUGAGAAGGAAAAAUUCUCAGAAUUUCUCAAAGUACAAGCAGACGGCCUUUUUUCUACAAGAGAGUGGUUGAGCAGGCAUGUUGAUCCAAGCAAACCUGAUGAGCCAAAAGAUGACAUUUUAACUCGUGCCUACAUGGAGACUCUGUGUUGGAACCCUGAUAACAUCUUCCCAGAGACGCUAAUGAUGGAUGAAAACCGGUUCCUUGAUAUUCAAGACGAGUGUCGGCAGCUGUCAGUGACAGCGGCGGUUCUACUCCUGACCAUCAGCUCAGUUGGAUGCGGUCUAGAAUCUCAUGCUGAGUAUAAAAUGAAGCUAAAGGAACACAUCAAAACUAUAUUGGCUGAUGUUAAAUCUGAUAGUGAUUUGGCAGCUGUCCUUCCCAAUGUUACUGAACAAGUGAUAAAAGACUGCAAAGAUUUUUUAAACCAGAUCGGUGGCAAGCAGCUAAGUGACGACACCAUCAAGGCCUUGGAAGGUCAAAUUGAGAAGAUUGCAAAUCCUGAACACAAAAUCAGAGAACUAGUCUUUAAAAGAGUAAGCGACUUCUUGAAGUUAAUCAUUAGUUCCUCAACAGCAACACCAACGCAAGUUCCACCCGGAUUGACGUCCUUCCAAGCUGAACUAGCGCAGCUGGCCGGUCGAUUUCUUAGGUUGGUCUCCCACAACCGAAAAGUCUUUGGUGAAUUCUACACGGACAUUCUCAACAAAGCGGAUCCUAGUUCCAGUCCACCAGUUGCCGUUCAGUAAACUACCUCAGUGGGAGAAUUUUCCAGCUGAGCUGGAUUUUCCUCAGCAAAUUCAGAAACAAACAAUAACCACUCAGAAGUUGUGAAAUUCAUGAGUGUGCCAGUUUGUGGAUUCAAUCGACAAACUUUACUCUCAUUGAUCUAUUCAUUCAUAAAAGUGAUGUAAUGUGAUCGAUGUCUCAUCGGGGGCUGCUUUGGAUUACCGAGUCCACUUGCAUUAGCUUUUCUAAUCAAGUUAAGAGGAUGGUGGCUUGUAGAACGCAAAAUGAAAGUAAAUAGUGUUGAGAGAAAAUUGUAUUUUUCCUGUCAAAAAAUUGCAACUAAUAUAAAAUGUGUUAAGUAUGAGCGUAAGAAGAGGCCAUAUGUUGCUAGUUAUUAAUUUGAGAGGACUUUGUAGAAUUUCAGCCCCCCCCCCCUUCUUUCUACAAACAAGACUUCUUACUAGCUAUGGUGGGACAGGAGGGUUAAGUAAGUUCAAUUUCAUAUCCAAGUGUGAGGCUUUUGUUUUUAUUUCAUUUUUAUCAUAUUCAAAUGUCUUUGAAUUUCGAAUUCGCCGAUCAUUAUUUCACAUUAUAAUGAAAUGUGACACCUUGUAUGACAGAGCAGCUUGAGUUUUGGAAGUCAAUAAAAUCAGUUACCUAUUUAAAACAAGUCAUGGUGGUAUACAAUUUACUCUGAAACGCUGAAUGGAAAAUGCAUUUCCUUUUUUUUAUUCAUUUGAAUUUUAAAUCUAUAGUUUCUCGUAGUUUGACUAUCGAACAAACUGCCCUCUUUCAUGAAUAAGAAUAUCAGGUGCUUUAAAACUUACCGUAUAUCUGCCCUGUAUUCCCAGACCAAACAAGUAUAUUUUUGUUGUUUCAGUGCAGUAAUCAAGCCUUCCUAAUUUUUAUUUUAUUAUUAACUGUUUUAACGUGUGUUUACAAAGUAUAUUUUUCUAUCAUGGCGUUCAAUUGAUUUCCUCUUCUUCUAAACAGUGUUUUUCUGUUAUAAUUUUGUCUGUGAAUCUCUCACCUUUCAAGGGCUGAAAGGAUAAACCGUUUUCCUUAUAACUGCAUCGCUCCUAAGGUUUUAUUGUCUCUUUAUCAGAAGUUUAUUUUUUUAACCCCUCCAGUUACGUAGAUGUGUAUCAACCGUAUUAUCUGGUAAUGUUCCUUGAAAUCUUUAUAAUUUAGCAUCGAAAAGUGAUAAAAAUGUGUUAAUGUGGGCCUAAGGCAGAUUCUAAAAUAGCUGAUAGAUGGAGUGGCGAAGUUCUUUAGUUCGACUGCCAAUACACAUUACCUCAUCGAGAAAAUCCUAAUGACUUGAGAAGUCAUGCCAUCAGCAGAAAUAGACUUAAGAUUUGUAAGUUCAACUUACAAUUGUACUUCGUAGUAAAUUUUAAGUUUGUAAAACUUUAUUUCGAUGUAGAUUUGGAUUGUGUAACAAAAUAAAAACUAAAAAGAA